AACCCACAAAAUCGUAAAAUAUAAAAAGCGAUAUCAAUUGAAAGUGAUUGUGCUAUUGGUGACAAGCAAGCAUGUUGUACCAUUUACUUUUGCCGAUUGUAGCAAUCGUACAAGCACCUCAAUUUGUGAAAAGUAACAAUGAACCCUUGCAUGAGACUGAAGUUUUAAACGUAUUUAACUCUUUCGCGAACCUCGCCAAUGUCAACAAGGUUACAUACAAACGUAAAGCCACUCAUUUAAAUGGAAAACGUCGUAAUACGAAGCAUAGCGCGGAACAUGGGAUUGGGACCAACGACAGUGAUCCAGACGUACUUGAGGCAAAUUACGCCGUGCCCUGGGAUACGUACAUUGCACUAUUAAUCAAAAUAACAUCGGAACAACUUGAGAACGUCAGGCACAAUGUAAAGACAUGUUAUGGACUAAAAAACGAAGAUUUAGAACAGGUUGAUAGAGCAUUCAAUAAUAGUGGGGACGAGUACGAACACUUCCUCCAAACCAAUCUAAAGCGAAUAGUUGAAAAGAAACAAUUUAAUGUCACAGACGAAUUUAUGAUUGAUUUUAUGGAUAUAUCUAAUUACUUAUUGCAGCAAAUUAUUUCAUAUGACUUGUCUCAAGUAAAGGGAAAGUUAGAACGUGCAACAAAAUGGUAUAAACUGGUUAUGCGAGAGAAAAUAACUAGACAGCAAGUAAAAAUAGCAACGAAUUUCGUCGAAGCACACCUUUGUAGCAAUUUGCACAUUUGCAAGGACCGGCCCUUGUACACACAGUACCUGACUGAGUGGUUAAGACAUUUCCUCAAUUUAUCAUCAUUCAACUUAAAUAAUUUGUUUGCAGUAAUUCCGGAGUUAUUAGAAAAGCAUAUGCAUACUUUGAAAAGUAAUGUAAAAUUUAAAGAAACUGUGAAAUAUAUAGUUGAAUCUGGGGAAACUGUUCAUAGAGAUACGAUAGACUUCAUAGACGAGGUGGUAAACAAUAAAAAAAGCGUUGUAAACUUACAACCUAAAGCUUUAAAAAACGGAGCUGCACUACUAAAACAGUUGUUUAAAUUGAUUGAGAAUAACUACGACAUAACCGAAGAGAACGAGAACCAGCUAACUACGAUCUCAAAUCUCAUACAAGACUGGAUGAAUGGCGGUAAUAGUGACGUCAUUGUGCCUCUUGAGAAGAUACUUCAAAACAUGGAAAUUAACUUGAAAAUUUGGCCGUUAGACCAGCAAAUUAGGUCCACCCUAGCAGGAAAAAGUAGACAACGGAUGAAAUGGACUAAUGAUAUUAACACAGAGCUCCUCGGUUGCUACUAUACGGUAACAAAGUGCGAAACUGAUAUGACUGCCUGGAGGCCAUUGCUAUAUAAUAUAUUCAUACAACAAUUCCCAGAACUGAGUCAUCUUUCUGAACAGCGACUAUCGGAUCAAAUCAGAGUCAUACAUAGAAACAAUAGAAUACCAAAACCCGAGCGAGAACGCAUAAAACAGACGAUUACACCUACACCCCCAGUUACAAGUAGCACUGUAAAUACUACAGAAGAACAACAGAUCUCAGACACAAGCCUACGUCAUAGUCAACAAGCUAAUAUACUCAACUAA